AUUGGUUUCAUUUAUUCAGCUCAGCUUCAACUCCAGAGGUUGCCUCUCACUUCCCCCCAGCUGACAGAAAGUUUGGAGCCAUGGCUGACGGACGAGAAGAGGAGAAGAGAGGAGAAGGCCAGGAGCUUCUGGGCGCAGUGGGUGGGGAAGAUGUCAUUGAUGACCCCAUCAUUGAUCAGGGAGCAGUGCUCCUCAGAGGGUAUGUGAUUGAACGUAUAAACGCCCAGGAGCCCAGUCGACACGUGUCGCCUGAAGAUCUGGGAGGAAGGUCGAGUGAACAACAGGAUCCAAAAGUCAAAGAAAUGGUGGAACAGCUGCUAAAGAUCGCUGAUGAGCUGAACAGGAACACCGAGCUCCAACAACUCAUCAACCAGGUUCCAGGCAACUGUGCCCAGGGUAUCUUCAUGAAGGUGGCCAGAAACAUCUUUGCUGAUGGCAUCAACUGGGGUCGUGUGGUGGCUCUCUUCCAUCUGGCCUACAGACUCAUCUACAAGGCAAUAACCAGCAACCAUGAAGAGAACAUCGAAAUCAUCAUCAGCUGGUUUCUUCAGGUCAUCAGAGAGCAGCUCCACACCUGGCUCGUACAGCAGGGAGGCUGGGUGGGGGUGAUCCUUGGCAUUUCUCGUUGGAGGACAGUAGCCAUAGUAGCAUCAGUAGUAUUAGUGGCAACUUUUGUUUACUACAGGAGAACACGCUGAGAGCUGCAGACCUGCAGACCUCACAACCAGGACCGCAGUGCCAUCACUUGGGGAAAAGCCACUGCAUAAUAGAGGCAGUUUCUAGAAACAUUUGCGACCACUCCUAAGCCUCCGUCUUCCAAUGCAGUACUAUAAAUAAUCACAAUUUGAUCUAUUUAGGUAAUUAACCAUCUAAACCAACCUUAGGUGUGCUCCAUUUCAAACAACCACAAAAAAAUAACAAUUUAAGUGAACUUAUUAACACGUUCAUAAAUCCAGGCAAGAAAUGCAAAUCAAGCUAAAUAACCACACUCGAAAAAAUAACUCACACUCGUUGUGGAGUUGGUCUGCCGUCAGAUUUAAUUUCAUCUUGCUGCUGUAGAUAAAAGACACAUCCUACGGAUCAGUGAUGUUUUCUGGGUUCAUUGGGUGUUUCGGGUCUCGCAACAUCAUGCGUCCUCGCCCAGGCGUGUUGAUCAAGCCCCCGACUUGCGUCCCAGCAGCAUUAGGCCAUGAAUCCCCCCUUUCUAUCCACAGCCACCUGGAGACUUUCUCUGCUGCCCCCGUUGCAGUCCUGAUGGCUGUUCUCCUCAGUGACCCUCUCAUACCCAGCAGGGUGUAGACUCUGUGGAGAGAGCGGCCUGCAAAGCCUCAGCAGCUUACUUCAAAUGGGUAACAGUUCGCUUUCCGCCCUCGUUUCCGGCUACACUCAGGAAGUCCCUGGUAUCUGGCCAGGGCACAGUCAUUUCUCUCAGGGCAAGCUGUCUUUAGGCCUCCGAUAAAAUGACGAUAUCUGGUCGUAAUGAUGUUUCUGCGAUGUGUGCUGGAAACUUCAGUUGCUUUCCCAGGUCAACCAGUUAGCUGCCAGUCCUGUGCGGUGGAGAGAAGGCCAGCUGCAGCUCUGAGAUGUAGUUUGGGCUGCUCUCCUGCCUUGAUGAAUGAUAGAGUAGUUGUUGUUAUUGACGGUCUAAAGCCAGACUGUCUCCUGUCAUUUCUUUUCAAUCACAUUGAAACCAAUAGUUCUAAUAUCUAUGGCUCAUUUUUGUCUUGAAGACUAAAAUAAUACAAACAUAAGAAUCUCAGAUUGUCUUGAUUGUGUCAUUUUAGUGUCUGAAGUUUUGCACAUAAAAUCAGACGAAAAUUUGACAAUUUAUUUAAAAGACAAAGUUAAGUCCAAUGAUUUUCUAAUUGACUGUCCAGAAACUAAAGAUUCUUAAUUCUUAACUUAGAUUCUUAACUAAAUUCUUAUUUUUUUUUGGGGUUGAUCUCAGGAAGAAUGAGAAAGCAGUUGAUGCUCUAUUAUUUGUUGUAACAUCCAAAUGCAAGAUCUGCAAUAAAACAUGAUAUAUAUUGAACUUCAAUGUAAUGUCUUGGAUACGACUCAGCUGGUCAUAGAGCUGAGUGUUUAUAAAAUACCAUGAAAGGAAAUACAGGCAGUUUCUUCAUAUUCCAAUAGGGCAUUGCAACAGAUUUAUUUUUACAGCGUUUUGUAUUUAUAUCAUAAAACUUGUCAAAUACUACUGCUACAUGUGCUGAACACCCACAUUUUUCAGUUGAUCAAGAUAUGACUCGUACAUAAAUUGUAUCUGAAAUACACAAGCAGACAUCCAGCAGCACCUGAAUUAUUAACCACUGUUAGGAAGGCAAGUAGACUUAACUCAGCACAACAGAAGAAUUUCAAUGAUCCUCAAAGGCGUUUUGUUGGUGGACAUUUAAAUUAGAUGUGAUAUUUAUGUGAUCCAUACAGGAAUGCCACACUGACCUCUGCUGGCCAAUUAAACUUUUCUGUUAGCAGCGUAA